AUGAAAUUAAAUCCAGCCAAGUGUUCGUUUGGUAUGGAAGAAGGGAAAUUCUUGGGCUUCAUAGUCACCAAUGGCGGAUUUAAGGUGAAUCCAGAAAAAAUCCAAGCAAUAGAGCGCAUGCCAUCCCCUAAAACAAUCAACGAGAUGCAAAGGCUAGCCGGUCGCCUGGCCGCGCUCAACCGCUUCCUGUCAAACCACGCCGCAAAGUCGUAUCCUUUCAUAACUACUUUGCGCAACUGUGUAAAGAAGCAGGAAUUCAAAUGGACGCCUGAAGCAGAAAGCGCUUUUCAGCAAAUGAAGGAGUGUUUGAUCGAACUCCCAACGUUAACCGCGCCGUUCGAAAAAGAGCCGCUCAUCUUGUACUUGUCAUCAUCAGACAAGGCAGUGGGUUCAGUGUUGCUUGUAGAAAGAAACGGGGUCCAAACUCCAAUCUACUAUGUCAGUAGAAUGCUCACAGACCCAGAAACGAGAUACUCCACGAUGGAGAAACUGGUACUAGCACUAUUACAUGCCUCAAGAAGGCUACGCCGAUACUUCACAGGCCAUGUCAUCACCGUACUGACCAACUUCCACAUUGGGACGAUAUUGCAAAAACCAGAGACAUCCAGGCGAUUAGCGAAGUGGGCGAUCGAGCUGGGGGGCCACAACAUUUUGUAUAGGCCACGCCCAGCCAUCAAGGGUCAAGUCCUUGCAGACUUUAUCACCGAAGUCCCAGCGGAAAAAGUCAAAGAUUGUGAAGUCGUUGAAGCUCCCAAAAAAGAUACAUCAGAUGGAUUGUGGUUCCUAUACACAGAUGGUGCCUCAAACGAGGAUGGCUCAGGAGCCGGGUUGCGCCUGGUCAGCCCUGAAAAGCACGAAUUUACAUACGCUAUCAGGUUGGAUUUUAAAAACACCAACAAUGAAGCGGAGUACGAGGCAUUUCUGGCAGGCUUGCGCCUCGCCAUUAAAAUGGGAGCUAAGAAUUUACAAGCGCACGUCGAUUCACUUCUGAUCGCCAGCCAAGUCAACGGAUUCUAUGACGCGAAAGGCGACGUUAUGGCCUUAUAUCUGGAUCAAGCAAAAGAGCUGCUGCAGAAAUUCACGACAUACAGGGUCGUACACAUCAAUCGAUCUGAAAACAAACAGGCAGACGCUUUAAGCAAGCUCGCGUCAACUUCCUUUCAGCAUCUUGCAAAGGAGGUAAGGAUCGAAGUGCUCAAAAAUCCAUCGGUCCUGCUGCGCCAGGUGAACGUGAUCGAAAUGGGGCAACCAUCCUGGAUGACCCCUAUAAUUCGCUAUCUGAAGGAAGGGAUACUCCCAGAAAGCAAAGCAGAGGCACGAAAAGUCCAGCACAAAGCCUUGCAAUAUGAAAUGAAUGAUGGUAUUCUGUAUCGGAGAUCCUUCUUAGGUCCCUUGUUGCGCUGCGUGGAUCCCCAAGAUGCAAAUUACCUAAUUCGAGAGAUCCAUGAAGGGAUCUGUGGUAUACAUGCGGGACCACGCAUGGUUGUCGCAAAAAUCAUGAGCGCUGAAUAUUAUUGGCCAGGGAUGCAUGUCGACGCCCUGAAGGAGCUGCGCAAAUGCGACUCCUGUCAGCGGCACUCUCCAAAGACCUUGCGCCCCAAAAAUGAUCUUAUCCCAGUGUCCACUGCUUGGCCUUUCCAACAGUGGGGGAUUGAUAUGGUGGGACCCUUCCCAGAUGCCCCAGGAGCCGUAAAGUUUAUAAUCGUGGCUGUCGAUUAUUUCACCAAGUGGGUGGAAGCCAAAGCCCUCACAUCAACCACUGCCAUGAUGGUGCGCAAGUUCAUCUGGGAGCACAUCAUCUGCAGAUUUGGUCUUCCACUCAAGAUCGUCACAGACAUCGGUACCAAUUUUGCCUCGGAGGACCUUAAAAAAUGGAUGAAGGAAAAGAAGAUAGAGCACACCUUCUCAUCCGUUGCGCACCCUCAGGGAAACGGUCAAGUGGAAAGCGUAAACAAAAGCAUCGUGGAGGGGAUAAAAGCCCGACUGGGCACAAAGCGCAGAGGUUGGGUAGAUGAGCUCCUAAGCAUCCUAUGGGCUCAUCGAACCAUGCCGAAGACAAGCACCGGCGAAACUCCUUUCAGCCUAGUAUACGGCUCAGAAGCAGUUAUCCCGGCAGAAGUUGGUCUCCCCUCACCACGAUUGACAGCAGUCAAUACGAUCGACAAUGAAGCAGAGCGCCAUCUCGACCUGGAUCUCUUGGAAGAAAGACGCGAGAUCGCGCGCAUUAAAGAGGCGAAAUACAAAACACAACUAGAGAGGUAUUACAAUGCACGAGUUCGUAUUUGUACCUUCAAUCCAGGAGAAUAUGUUUUCCGUGACAACGAAGCUUCAAACGCCGAACGCCCUGGAAAGCUAGCACCCAAAUGGGAAGGCCCGUACUUGGUCCAUGAGGUGCUAGGAAAAGGGGCGUACAAAUUGCGAACGUUGGAUGGCCAUAUCAUCCCACGCACAUGGAACGCGCAACAAUUGCGCAAGUGCUAUAUGUAA